AUGGAUCUAACAGGAACUAUUCCUCAAUAUUUUGGAAACCUCACAUUUCUUGUUUCUCUUGACUUGAGAAGCAACAGUUUCUAUGGCACUCUACCUCAAGAAAUGGCUCAUUUGCAUCGACUAAAGUUUGUUAGAUUGAGUUAUAACAAUUUUAGCGGUGAAAUUCCUUCUUGGUUUGGUUUCUUUGCUCAACUUCAUGUUCUUACUCUAAGGAAUAACAGUUUUACUAGUUUAGUCCCUUAUUCUAUUUCUAACAUUUUCAGUCUUGCAAUUUUGGAUUUAGCCUUCAAUGCUUUAGAGGGACAGAUCCCAAAAGACAUUGGAAACCUUAAAAAUUUGAGGGGUUUAAGCUUUGAAAGCAACAUUCUUAUAGGUUCUAUUCCUCCAUCCUUCUCAAAUGCCUCAAAGCUAGAAACUUUGAUUCUUUCUAAGAAUUUCCUUCAUGGAAACAUCCUAAAUGGGAUUGGUGUUCUUCAUAACCUCAACUGGUUGACUAUAGAAACUAAUUAG